AGCGCCAAGACUGACUCGACAUCGGCUUUCGUCACAGCCCUGGUGUUCAAUGCGGCGGUUUUCAGCGCCGAAAUCCUUGCGUUCUCCCUGCUCAGGCCUCGGUUCAAACAAAUAUAUGAGUCCAGAAGCCAGGAUGCGCUGCCCAGCUCUAGUAAACGUGCUGCUGCGUUAUCUCGCACUUUCUACUCCUGGCCACUUGCUCUCUACAAGGCCGACUAUCGGGACAUCUUACGCGUCAAUGGCCUGGAUGCCUACUUCUUUGUUCACUACCUGCGUAUGAUGGUCCGCAUUCUGCUGCCUAUUUGGUUCUUUUCCUGGGUUAUACUCCUUCCCGUAACGUCGGUGAAUUCCCAAGUUGCGAAGCACAGCGGACUGGACCGAUUCGUCUUUGGCAAUGUAGCUCCCGACAGACAAUCGCGUUACUGGGCACAUCUCGUAUUAGCUUGGCUGUUCACGGGGUGGGUUUUGUACAACAUCCGCAAGGAGUUGCGGUACUAUGUCAAAAUGCGGCACUGCCACCUAGCGGAUAAAGCAUAUGCGUCUUCUGCUCAGGCCAAGACUCUGCUGAUUACUGGUGUCCCCGAAGACCAUCUAUCUGAAAAGUGUCUAACUGAUCUUCUCUCGCACUUCCCGGGCGGUGUACGCAAGGUCUGGCUUAACCGUGACCUCAAGGACCUUCCGGAUAAAUUCGAUAGUCUUCUCAAGGCGUAUGCCACACUCGAAUCAGCUGAGACCAGCCUCAUCCGGACUGCGAUGAAGUUGCGCAUCAAAGCACUCAAAAUCGAGGGCAAGCAGUCGAAAGGACGGUCGCGGUCUAUGAGUGAGGAUACGGCAGUCGACCCCAUUCGCGCUAAUGCGGACGCCGAGGCCGGCUUGGAUCUGGCGGAAAAGCUCGUUCCGAAGAACAAAAGACCCACACACCGGCUAGGACCCAAUUUCCUCCCCUUCUCCGUGCCCUUUGUGGGGAAGACGGUUGAUUCUAUAGACUGGGCCAGGGAUGAGAUCGUGCAGCUUACCGCUGAUAUAGAGAAGGGCAGAAGUAUGGUAUUGCACGAUCAUUCCGAUUCGCAUAUCGACAAGACUUCUGCCAUGGCGUACCCGCCACUCAACUCGGUGUUCGUCUUGUUCGAGACUCAGGUCGCAGCGCAUCUAGCCAAGGCAGCAUUGCUCCAUCAUCAGCCCUAUGCGAUGGCGGAAAGGCAUCUGGAUAUUUGCAAAGAGGACGUAAUCUGGAACAAUCUUGGGAUGAAUCCGUACAGCAAAAGCGUUCGGACGGCAGUUAGCUGGGCAGCUACCGCCGGCCUCAUUUUAUUCUGGGCGAUCCCAGUGGCGUUCGUGGGUGCGGUCUCUAACAUCCACUCACUCUGCGCUACAGCCAGCUGGCUCGCUUGGAUCUGCCGUCUUCCGUCCGUUGUGGUCGGAAUCAUCCAGGGUAUCUUACCUCCUGCAUUGCUAGCUGUUCUGUCGUUGCUACUGCCCGUCGUCUUGAGGCUUCUUGCGCGCUUCGAAGGCAUUCCGACCUAUACAGGCGUGGAGCUAAGUCUAAUGACGAGAUACUUCUGGUAUCAAGUCGUGAACUCCUUCUUGAUCGUUACCCUUUCGUCUGGUAUCAUCGCUGCCUUGCCUGGGCUCAUAAACAACCCUGGGUCCAUACCGAGUGUGUUGGCUGAGAACCUGCCAUCGGCCUCGAACUUCUUCAUAACGUACAUCCUCUUGCAGGGACUCUCCGGAACCGCAUCUGGAUUCCUGCAAGCUUCCACCUUGGUGUUAUACUACGUGAAGCUCUUCGUUCUAGGUUCCACCCCUCGUUCUAUCUACAACAUCAAAUACGGUAGAGGCUCGCUGUCUUGGGGGACCACCUUCCCCGGCAUGACGCUGUUCGUGGUCGUCGCUAUGGCGUACAUGAUCAUAUCACCCAUCAUCAACGGCUUCGCUUGCGCUGCGUUCUGCCUGUUCUACUUCCUGUACAAAUAUCUCCUCUUGUGGGUAUUCGAACAGCCUCGAGAAGGCGAAACAGGCGGUCUUUUCUUCCCCAAGGCCCUUCAGCAUAUCCUGGUCGGGUUGUACAUACAACAGGUUGCUUUGGCAGCGCUUUUCUUCCUGGCGCAGAACGCGCAACACAAGCAGAGUUCCAUUGGCGAAGGGGUGCUCAUGAUCAUCCUGAUUGUUGUAACUGCGUUCUUUCACUACACCUUGAACAGGUCGCACGCGCCUUUGUUAGAGGCAUUGCCGUUGACUCUCGCUCAGCCGGCAUCGCAUCCGAGACAACAGACCGGUGGUACCGGUACGGCCAACCAAGACGACAACGCAACCCUGCGGGUGGACGAGGUGGGAAGCACCUCGGAGACGAUGGCCGAAGGCGAAUCCCCGGGACGCGUCUCCGAGAAGGACAACGAUCUUCACGCGUUUGACCAUCCUGCACUUGUGGAUGCGCCCAGGGUCGUAUGGAUGCCGAAGGAUCCUCUGGGUCUAGGAGACGCAGAGGUGGAAGCCAACAAUAAGCGAGGGAUCCAGGCAAGCGUUGCAGGGACGGAAGUCGAUGAGAAGGGCGGCGUGGAUGUCAGCUCGCCGCCGCCUGAUUGUGAAGACUGUCAUGUAUAA